AUGCCUUCAGUUGCAUACAUGAACCAGUCAGCGCCUUUCUGGGACUUCAUCGCAAGUCUUGAACAGCAAGGCGCUCAACAAUCUCGCUCUGGCCAGAACCGCGAAGACGGUGCUGAGAAUGAGCAAGGACCCCAGGGUCCUCCGGAUCCAUUUGCCCCUUGGACUUGGGGCCAUGGAUUCUUCGGUGGCGGUAGAGGAAUGCCUCAUCGUGGUGGUCCUCCUCGCGCCCAUCAUGAACACCAGCCUGCAGGCGAAAAGGAUGCAGAGAUGGACGAUGCAAACGACAAUGGGGAGGGCCCAUCUGGUACCUCCGGUUCUGAUAACGAAGCCCGUGGCGAGGACUGUUCAGGCAGACGAGAACGCCAUGGUCGUUGUGGUGGAGGACCACGCGGCCGCUGUGGACCUGGUGGCAGGGGUGGCUUUGGGCCUCGCCACGGUCCUGGACCGCACCAUGGAUUCGGUUCCCACCAUGGCCCUUACCAUGGCGGUCGCCGCGGAGGGUGGGGCCCAUGGGGACACGGGGGUCCACAUGGAGGCGGUCCCUUCGGUUUCGGAGGCAGCCCUUUCGACCCAUCCACCUUUGUCACUCAUCUUUUCAACCAGUUCAACGACUCCAGUCCUUCGAACGAUGACUCUGGAAACAAGGCUAGAUCAUCCGGAAACGAAGACCACACUCCUGAAGCCGACAUUUUCGACACUGAAUCAGCUUAUGUGGUCCACAUCUCCCUUCCUGGAGCUAAGAAGGAAGACAUUGGUGUGAACUGGGACGCCGAGAAGAGCGAGUUGAGCGUUGCUGGUGUUAUAUACCGUCCCGGCAAUGAAGAAUUCUUGAAGACACUUGCUGUUGACGAGAGGAAGGUGGGCGCUUUUGAGAGGAAGAUUCGUCUAGGAACAAGAGUCAACCCCGCAAGCAUUGAUGCUGAUGGCAUCACUGCCAAGUUGGAGGACGGUGUGUUGAGGGUUGAAGUGCCCAAGCUGGACUCGGGCUACGUAGAGAUCCGCAAAGUGGAUAUCGAGUAG